GUACCGGCAGGCACCAAACGACGCCCUCGCGAGGAGGAGACUCUGAGAGCGAUCGCCAAUGGCGUCUCUAUGGCCUUUGAUGGAGCUUCUCAUCUAUCUCCUUCUCGUUGUAGCUUUUUUAUUACUCUCCGUCAUCCUCUUCGAAGCUAAUAGAAGAAGGCUUAACCACUCCCACGUUGAAGCUUCUGCGGUCUUUCUGGAUCCUAUUACGUCCACGCAGGUUUCUUGUCCUUCCAUCUUCGAUCCGGCUGAGAAGUAUAUUUCUUUGAUUAUUCCUGCAUAUAAUGAAGAGCAGAGGCUUCCCGGUGCUCUGCAAGAAACCAUUGAUUAUCUUCAAGAACGUGCAACAAAGGAUAAUUCAUUCUCAUAUGAGGUGGUUAUUGUUGAUGAUGGAAGCAUUGAUGGGACUAAAAGAGUAGGUUGGGAAUUUUCCAAGAAGUUCUCAGUUGACAAUGUGAGGGUUAUUCUUCUUGGAAAAAAUCAUGGGAAGGGAGAAGCUAUUAGAAAAGGGAUGUUGCAUUCACGUGGUGAAUUACUUUUAAUGUUGGAUGCUGAUGGAGCAACCAAAGUUACCGACCUAGAAAAACUUGAAAAUCAGAUCCAUGCCUUUUCCAAAAAGGAAUCUAUGGGUUCUAAUUUUAGUGUUUCUGAUAUCCCUGUUGCUGCUUUUGGUUCUCGUGCCCAUUUGGAGGAAAAGGCUCUGGCUACAAGAAAGGCGUACCGUAAUUUCUUGAUGAAGGGUUUCCAUCUUGUGGUUCUUUUAACUGCCGGUCCUGGAAUCCGUGAUACUCAGUGUGGUUUCAAGAUGUUUACCAGAUCUGCAGCUAGAAAGCUUUUCACAAAUAUUCGUUUGAAAAGGGAGGAGAUAAAGUGUUGUCCUUCAUCCCUCAACUAUGACAGAAUAUCAAACCGUACAUUUGGGCUUUGAAGGAAAAGACAUAAAUGACGUUCAAUUUUUGGCCAAAAGACAUACCAUCACAUUGAGUCAUUGGCAGAAAAAUAAUGAUAACAUUUUAGUCUCUCUCUAUGACAUUCAUCUAAUGCAAAUACUUUUCUUUCCCUCCAUUUGUUCCAUUACUGUAAUGCUAAUCUGUAUUGUAUUUGGGCAUGCGCCUCGGCUCAAGCCUCAAGUCUGACUCGCCUUGAAACAGCAAGGCUCACAAAAUAAGGCUAAGAAACUAGAGUAUUUUUUAAGCCAAAAUGCUCAAAGUUCAAAGACUAAAUGCAAAAUUUGUGUUUAGGAGUCUCUUUUUUCAUAUUUGUUCUCGAAUUUAUGUAGUGCUUCUUCAAUGUAUAGUGCGGUUUACAAAA